AUGCAUCCCCUCCUUCCCGUCCUCCUGGCCCUGCUGGCCAUCGCCACUGCCGCACACGCCCGCGCUCUGGCAUCGGGCAGCUCGACGUUCUGGUACUCGCUCCUCGACAGCAACUCGGUCUCCAUCGAGUGCAGCAGCUCGCAGCCGCAGCCGUGUCCGAACCAGGCCACUGUGCUCUUUGCCCGCAACGCAUCGUCCGAGGUGUCUUACGACAGCGGUGGCUCGUGCACAGCCCGCUGCCUCCAUGGCCGGCUGUGUGCGGGAUCGGGCAACGUGCAUUGCUCCACCACGCCGCCGAACCUUCUUGCACGGAUGGCAGACGCCCGCGAGGCCGGUCUGUGUCCGGCCGCCCCGCCGUCGAGUCCGGAAGCGAUGCGUACGCUGGCAGAUGCCGCCGUGGCGCGAGCAAACGCGCGUCACCGGCCACGCCGCCAGCCACGUGGCUCGGCAACGCUGUAUGUGUACGAGAUUAGCGCGGAGGCGCGGCUGUUGUUCUGCUGGGGCGGGAAUCCACUGUGGAUGAUCGAGUCGACCCCGGUCGGUGGCGUCUCGCUCGUCUUUACCAGUUACGCGCCGUCGCCCCGGGCUGGCGUCUCGUACGAUGUUCCCAGUGGGUGCAUCUGCUGA